AUGGCAGAUAUGCCAAAGAUAUCACAAGACACACCUAAAAUUCAACAACUUCGUUCUUAUUUAAAUCUUAGAGCUCGAAUUACAAUUUCAGAUGGUCGUAUAUUUAAUGGAACUUUUAUGUGCAUAGACAAAUAUAAAAAUAUAAUUUUAUCACAAACAGAAGAGUUUCGAAAUGGAAAACAUCUUGUUAAAGCAGAAAUUGAAGAUUUGGAAGUUUCAGAUAUUUAUAUUUGA